AUGGUGGGUUUCUUCACUUCUCAGUCGCUGUGGGAGAAGGAAAAACCAGUCAGUCUCGGCCUUUGGCAUCUGUGGCCGGUCCCGGAAGGACAGCUGCCUUCCCCGGCCGACUUCCGUCGGAACAAGCUUCCGCAAGAGACAUUGCAGCUCGCAGCUGCUGGGAGCCGUCUCGAAAGGCACCGGGGCAUGCAAUCUGGCCCAUCAUGCACAAUCCUCAACCAUUCGGGUGCGAUUCCCUUGCAGGGGGGCCAGAACCCAAACCCCGAUCUAAUCGGCUCUUUUGACCUCACCUCCAGACACUCACUAUGGAGGCAAACCACGACAUAG